CAGGCCAAUAUACAUUGCCAGAUUUGGAUUUUCUGCUGCCCGACAACUUCUACAAGCAGUACUUCCGCAAGGUUGGCUUGUCGACAGCAACGGUCGCUUUCGUGCCUGGUGGUCAGAGAGCGCGCGCAGUAUCUACGACAAGCGCACUUUCUGCCUCGUCAAGCAAUAUGCGGAGUACAGCAAACUGCCGAUGAACACGACGGCUUCGCUGCAUGAAAACGUGCUGGACAACGUUGCUGUUCAAAUUGCACACACGGUCUACACCAACAUCCUGAAGUACAGUCGGCCUCCAUUCGUGGGUCGCGAGGCACAGUGGCAUUUUGGCGACAAUAACAUGACUGCAGAACAACUGUUCUUCUACGCUUAUGCAUCGAAUAUGUGCUCGGCGCUGAGCUCGAGGGUCGACUACGAGCGCAGAAUGCGAGGACCCAUCGCGCCUGCCAGCUUUAGAGUGAACAUACCGCUUCAGAACUUGCGUGCGUUUUCCGAGGCCUUCGAAUGUGACGGCAAGGCCAAGAUGAACCCGGAGAGAAGAUGCAUCAUCUGGUGACUGACUCAUUGCGGCAUGCACCUCAAGCAAAGGCUCCUAUAGCGGCGCCACUUGGCGCAGCAUUGGCGCUUUUCCAAAAAGCGUGUUUUCUUGCUCUUCACAUUGACAAAAAAGCGAUAAUAAAAUAGCGUAUGUCCUUAGCCAUCUUUCAGCACAAUGCGUGCAAUGUCUAUGGUUGAACCGAAUUGCAACCUGGCCUCGUUUAUUCGUCGACAGCAAUUUGCGAAACAGUCCAGGACAGACC